AAUAAUACCAGGGCACCCAUUAAUUGUGGAUUUAGGGAUUUGUUAAUUAUAUGCAUUAUUUUGCAUGUAAUAAGCCCACUUUUAUUUGUAUAUAGCCAAUUUUAUUUAGUGCCGAAGUGGAGUGGGGAAUGGUGGAAUUCCGUUACUUUGUUAAUGCAGGAAUGCAAUUUAAAGGUCAGCGAGUGGGUUUUUCGGAAAUUCAUUCGCGGCACCGGAACCUUUUCUGGCGUGCGGACCCCCACUUCGAUGUCGGAGAUGCAUUUCUACCUAUUAUUCAGCGCUUUUAGCACUGGUUAUUUACCACGCCGCACCUAG